UCGAUUAUGACGGGGUUCUUUUGUUCGAACUUAUGGCGGGAAGUGUCAAAUGAUGGAGAAAUUCUUUUGUGCAAACGUUUGACAGCUACCGCAAUUUCUUCGUUCAAAUUCAAUUUUCCCUUCAAAACACUUCCCCGUCAUAAAGGUCUAUAGACUUACGUCAAAGGCAAUUGCAUUGAACCACCAUUGUUGAAUAGUUUUGUAUUUAUCAAUUUACUAUCAGUGUUAUCCGUGUAAAGAAAUGGCAUUUCGAAAGAUUAAAAACUAUUUGGGGAAAUGGAUAUAUAGUCAGCACAAUGACGACACCAACAAACUACAAACCGAGGUGGACGACCUUGGCAUCCUUACCACCAACACCUUAGCCGAUACCAUUGACUGUAACACUGCAAACAUCGAAGUUAUGAAAUCGAUGCUGAAUCGGUUCGAAACAGCCAACUCGGUGAUGCAGCAGCAAAUCGAUGAACUGCAGGAAAAACUGAAAGACAGCUGCAACAAGGACAGCUGCAACAAGGACAGCUGCGCCAAAGUGCAAGAGGCGCUGACCGGACUAGAGACGAAGAUCAAAGAGUCGCAUUGUAAUAUUCUUUCGGUCCAACAUCGGACAGUGAUUGAGGAGGAGGCCUGCCUGAUGCAAGAGAGAUUUAAAACGCGCAACCCGAAUUUGUUACGGAAGUGGACUGGUUUGAUUUUAUUUGCACUGAUGUUUGGUUGGCUAGUCAAAAAUAAUUGUUUGAUUGAAAAGAUGAGCCCCAAUGCCAUUUAAAGUGUAUUUUUUGUAUACUCGGUGCUUGUUUUUAUUAUACCUUUGUUUAAAACUAGAUUAGGAUUUUUGGAGUGAUCGGUGGAUCGGUGAUUCUUUGUACCGUUCUCCCGUUGCCUUUGUUGUAACGAUAAAGAAAUUACAAAAUUUGUUUA